CUUAAUCCCAAAGAGAUGAGGGUUUUACCUGUGGAGUCUAGACGACGAUCAUCCUCCAUCGCGGGAGGAGCAGCGAUGGCGCCUCCUCCUCCGGCGCAAGCGCGAGGUAUGAAUCGCAGCGACUCGGAAUGGGCAUUCCAGGAGUUUCUUCGCGAGCACGACGAUGCGAUCCAGGAAGAGGGGGAUGGAGCUAGAUCUGCGAGCAUUCCAGGUGCGCCACAGCAGGCCAGCGCUGCUGGAGGGGCUGGGAUUGGGAGCAGGCUAGCGCCGGUGACAGAGGAGAGCGGUGUGGAAGAGGUGGAGGAUCGGCAGCUAGAUCCCUUGUUCUCGAGAUUAUCCAGCAGCGAGAGCAAAUUCGGCCAGCUCGAUCCAGAGGCGUAUCAGGAUUAUCUCAAGAAGAGGCUGGAGCUCGCGUGUGCCGCCGUCGCUCUCACACGGGCCAGCAACCGGAAAGGAUCGAAUGAUUCGAGCAGCAAGAACGCCACGGUCGCCGGUGGGAUUCCAGCUCUACCUCCGAAGCCCGAGUACAAAGACAAGCCAUCAGCUACCAGUGGUUCUUCCCGCGAGCACUCCGAUGACGAGGAAGGGGACGCAGACCACAGCACUGUGGAGCAAUCGACAGAGCCCAGCGACAUGAAACGCAUGAGACGGAUGCUAUCCAACAGGGAGUCCGCGAGAAGGUCGAGGCGACGGAAGCAAGCUCACAUGAGCGAUCUCGAGAUGCAAGUUGCUCAGCUGAGAGUGGAGAACUCGACGCUGCUCAAGCAACUCAACGACAUCAACAAGAAGUUUGGCGAUGCUGCCGUGGACAACCGGGUGCUCAAGUCCGACGUUGAAGCUCUGCGAGCAAAGGUGAAGAUGGCCGAGAACGUCGUCUCCAGAGCUGGCUCUAAUGGAUCGAUGAACUUCUGCAACCGACCGCAUCAGCAGAAGUCUCCGGCUUUCCAAAUCAUCGACGAGGAAGAUCACGCUCACCACCAAGAUCAUCAAAGCCCGCAGCAGGAAAACUCCGGAAGUGGAGGUGGUGGCAGCAAAAUGAAUCGCACGCCUUCCAUGCAACGGGUCGCGAGCUUGGAGCACCUCCAAAAGCGCAUUCGCGGCCCACCUUGUAACAACACAAAUACCAACAGCGAGCGCGAUUGAAAGAAACAAAGACAAGUACCAAAGAAGAAGAACAACGAAACUUACCUGUAAAUAUACCGUGACAACGCUUGUGACAAUCUCAAUCUUCUUCUAUGAAUGGUAUACAAACUUUCUAAAAACUAAAGAGGCUCUUUCCGUGUUCUUGCUUCUUCCUUCCGCCAUAGCCAGAGCUUGGUUUGUUUUUGAUCGAAUCAAGAACAUCACGUGCCUGGGAUUUGUAACUCUAGCCACCACCUAAAAAAGCGCUCUUGUUCUCAUCAAAUCAUAGAAAAGAAGAGUAUAUAUUCUUUGCUUGCUUCCCUGUCAAAGCCAUUAUAGUGGUCUGGUCGCUGUGAAGAAGCGAGCACCAGGGAAGAACAGUGGAACAGUGUCACAGAGAAAGACGAGAAAGAGAGAGAGAGAUCAUCAAAUCCAUUCUUUUUCUUUGAUUUUCCAGUGUGGUCUUCCUCGAUUAGCUAGACAAUGUAGGGUUUAAAUCACCACAUCGCCUCGAUCUCGAGGAGUGGAGCGCAAAGGAGAGAGAGAGGAGGGAGAGAAGCAUCCAGUGUGUAAACUCGUGCGCUUGCUCUGGCUAUGGCGAAAAUGCGGGGAA